AUGAUGCGUCGACUGACUUGUUGCGGUGGGGUGGCGGCGGGGGCUCUGCUGCGGUGGCGUGCGCCGGCGGCGGUGCUUUCGUCGCCCGCGAUGACGACGACGACGACGCCUGCGGCGGCGCUGUGGGGCUUGCAGCGGCGCCUCCAAUCGAGUGUCUCUCCGUGGAGCGGCGGUGGCGGCGGCAGCGGCAGCGGCAGCGGCGGGAACAGCGGCGGGAACAGCGGUGGCGACCAGCAGCAGGGGCGCGCCUGGGUGAACCCGCAGGCGGUGCCCCCCGGCGAGUUCCUGAACAAGUACGCCCGCAACCUCACUGAAGAGGCCCGCAUGGGCCGCCUCGACCCCAUCAUCGGCCGCGAGGAGAUCAUCCGGCGCACGAUCCAAGUCCUAAGCCGUCGCACCAAGAACAACCCGGUGCUCAUUGGCGAGCCCGGCGUGGGGAAGACGGCCAUCGUGGAGGGGCUGGCGCAGCGCAUCGUGAGCGGGGAGGUGCCGGAGAGCAUCAAGGAAAAGAAGGUCUUCGCCCUCGACAUGGGCUCCCUCGUCGCUGGGGCGAAGUACCGCGGCGAGUUUGAGGAGCGGCUGAAGGGGGUGCUGAAGGACACCAUCGACGCGCAGGGCAAAAUCAUCCUCUUCAUUGACGAGCUGCACACCCUCGUCGGGGCGGGCGCCUCCGGCGACGGCUCCAUGGACGCAGCGAACCUGCUGAAGCCGUCCCUCGCCCGCGGGGAGCUGCACUGCGUGGGGGCGACUACCCUCGACGAGUACCGCCGCCACAUCGAGAAGGACGCCGCCCUCGCCCGCCGCUUCCAGUCGGUGCUGGUGACGGAGCCGACGGUGGAGGAGACGAUCUCCGUGCUGCGCGGCAUCAAGGAGAAGUACGAGGCGCACCACGGCUGCCUGAUCAAGGACGAGGCGCUCGUCUACGCGGCGGUGAACUCGCACCGCUACCUCUCCGACCGGCGGCUGCCGGACAAGGCCAUCGACCUCAUCGACGAGGCCGCCAGCCGGCUGCGGCUGCAGCAGGAGUCGAAGCCGGAGCAGCUAGACGGGGUCGAGCGGGAGCUGGUGCGGCUGAAGAUCGAGGUGGAGGCGGUGAAGAAAGACAAGGACGAGCUCGGCAAGGCGAAGCUGGAGCAGCUCUACGCCCGCAUUGAGGAGCGGCAGAAGGAGUACGACGCGCUGGAGGUGCGCUGGAAGAAGGAGAAGGCCAUGUUUGAGCGCAUCAAGCGGCGGACGGAGGACCUGGACGUGCUGCGCUACCAGUACGAGCAGGCCCGCACGGAGGGCGACUUCGCCAAGGCGUCCGAGAUCCUGCACGGCCGCAUCCCGGCGCUGAAGAAGGAGAUCGAGGCGGACAAGCUCGCGACGAAGACGGAGGGCUUCCUCACCCACGACUCCGUCACGGCAACCGACAUUGCGCAGGUGAUUGCCCGCGCCACCGGCAUCCCGGUGGCGAAGCUCUUGACGGGCGAGCGCGACAAGCUCAUUCACAUGGACACCGAGCUGCGCCGCCGCAUUCUCGGGCAGGAUGAGGCGAUCGAGUCCAUCACCAACGUCGUGCGCAUCUCGCGCGCCGCGCUGCACUCGCACAAGCGCCCCCUCGGCUCCUUCCUCUUCCUCGGCCCCACCGGCGUCGGCAAGACGGAGGUGUGCAAGCAGCUCGCCAAGUUCCUCUUCGACGACGAGUCCUUCAUCUGCCGCAUUGACAUGAGCGAGUACAUGGAGCGGCACACCGUGCACCGCCUCAUCGGGGCCCCGCCGGGGUACGUCGGCUACGAGGAGGGCGGCGAGCUGACGGAGUCGGUGCGGCGGCGGCCGUACCAAAUCGUCCUCUUCGACGAGUUCGAGAAGGCGCACCCGAGCGUGUCGAACAUCCUGUUGCAGGUGCUCGACGAGGGGCACCUCACCGACAGCCACGGCCGCCGCGUCGACUUCAAGAACACCAUCAUCAUCCUCACCUCGAACAUCGGCGCGGACGUGAUCGCGGGGCUGCCGGAGGGGGAGCCCUCCUCGCGGGCGAUGCCGCAGGUGAUGCGGAUGGUGCAGCAGCGCAUGACCCCGGAGUUCAUCAACCGGCUGGACGACAUCAUCAUGUUCAACCGCCUCGGCCGCAAGGAGACCCGCAAGAUCGUGGAGCUGCUCUUCGAGCAGGUGCGGACGAUGCUGCGGGAGCAGGAGAUCACGCUGGAGACGACCACGCAGGUCUACGACUGGUUCGGCGAGCACGGCUACAGCCCGGUGUACGGCGCCCGCCCGCUCAAGCGGCUCGUGCAGUCCGUCCUGCUCAACCGCCUUGCGCUGAUGCUCCUCGACGGCCGCGUGCGGGAGAAGGAGACGGUGCGGGUGGAGAUGCGCGGGAGCGAGGUGUACGUCGUGCCGAACCACGACGCCGUCAGCUCCAGCAGCGGCGGCGCCGCCGACGACAUCGGCCUCAUCGCGUAG